AAUAUGAACUGAAUGUACAACAGAACAAAAAUUGGAAAGGACCAGCUAUAUGUUGGUGUCUAAAAACAAUAAAAGUUGAAAGCCAAUGUGAUAAUUGUAGGGAAGUCAUGAGAGAUGUUCAAACAUACCAAUAUUACAGGAAUAGCAUGAGAAUACAAUCAACUUAUAGGGUUCAACUCGAAGAAAAUGAUGUCCAUAUAGAGAUUGGUAAAAAUACAGGAAAAUAUACUACAUGUGGAAACCUGUCGACUGAUUAA